UGUAAUCACUUGUCACCGGAAGUGCGCCUGCGCGCUACGAGCUCGCGCCUCUGUGCUGAUGCAAGACACUGGAUGAGAACAGUAGUGUUAACCGUGUCAACGAUAUUUCACAGGAAGAGAAACAGCAAUAUCUGAUUCAGUCGUCAUGUCAGAGGACGAGAUUUUAUUCGACCCCACCACAUCAAAGAAGAAAAAGAAGAAGAAGAAGCCCUUCAUGCUCGACGAGGAUGGAGAUGGAGAGGAGGCUCAACAGACUGAACAGAAAGAAGCUGAGCCUGAAGCAGCAGAGGAGCGAGACCUGGACCCUGAAGAUGAUGAAGUCAAGAAAAAGGAGCCUUCGGAUGAUUUGGAUGAUCUGAACUUCUUUAACCAGAAAAAGAAGAAAAAGAAACCGAAGAAGGUGUUUGAAAAUGACGUUGAGGAGGGCAUCAAGGAGCUGAAAAUUGAGGGAGACCAGCAGGAAAUGAUGGAGGACGAGGAAUUUGAUCUGAUGCUUCCAACUAAAAAAAAGAAGUCAAAAAAAGUGGAAUUUGUUGAGGAAAGUGAUACUUUGGAAAAGGAUGAUGUCAUCGAGGAUGAUAAAAGCACAGAUGGCAUCACAUUCAGUUCACAGUCGGGCCCAGCAUGGGCCGGUUCAGAGAGAGAUUACACCUACGAUGAGUUGUUGAGCCGGGUGUUUAACAUCAUGAGGGAGAAGAACCCUGAUAUGGUGGCAGGCGAGAAGAGGAAGUUUGUGAUGAAGCCGCCUCAGGUGGUCCGCGUUGGGACUAAGAAAACAUCUUUUGUCAACUUCACUGACAUCUGUAAACUGUUGCAUCGACAGCCCAAACAUCUUUUGGCGUUCCUGUUAGCUGAGUUAGGAACAAGUGGAUCCAUAGAUGGAAAUAACCAGCUUGUAAUUAAGGGACGCUUUCAACAGAAACAAAUAGAAAACGUCUUGAGAAGAUAUAUAAAGGAAUAUGUGACUUGUCACACCUGCCGCUCACCGGAUACAAUUCUGCAGAAGGACACGCGUCUCUACUUCCUGCAAUGUGAAACCUGUCACUCACGCUGCUCUGUAGCCAGCAUCAAGACCGGCUUCCAGGCUGUCACCGGCAAAAGAGCCCAGCUUCGAGCCAAAGCCAACUAAUACAAGCGCCCUGUUCUGGCCUCUUCCCCAGGCUGAUGCUCUGCCCCUCUGGUUGACGACUGUCCUCGCUGCUCUCCUCUGAAGCGCAGUGACCCAAGGCAUGGAGUGAACUGUGGAGGUUUUUGAGUGUAAUCUCUAUUAAUAAAUCCGACUCUGACGCUAGAAGGCUUGCAAACAGGCUUCCUCUGAUUUGCUUGUCUUAUUUUACCUCCUUGCUCCAGAAAUAUAAUAUUUUUUUCAGCAUUUAGCAUAUCUGAUUACCAGAGCAUAUUUCUGUCUGUUUGGUAAAUUUUUACUUUCAGAGCAGUAUUUGUUUUUCAGUGAAAAUGCAGGGAUAUUAUUGGAUGGAAAAUGAAAAUGAAUUUUGCAAAAUGAACCACAGCCUUUUAUAUCGGACUUUGUUUUAUCAAAGGAAAACUUAAUCUCCAACGUUUUGUCAUUGACAGUCAAUGCACAAGAAUGUUCAGAUUGGAUCCAAGCGAGUGUUUCGUGAUCCAGACAUCCAGCAAAAGUAUGACUUUGAAUCUCCUCUGAUUUCUAGAAAAUAAAACUGUUCUUAUGUAAUUACACAGAUGAUUACAGAUUGCACUGAUUUCUUCAGCAGAACAUUGGGCAGCAGAUGUUUGGGCAUGUUUGCAGUGCUUAGAUGGAAUUGAAUGCUUUUUGUUGGCAUAUUUGAAAUUGGAUUUUUUUUUUUUUAAAUAAAAAUGACUAAAGGUUUCA